ACAAGAAAUCAAUAUAAAGGAGAAGAAAAGAAACGAAGGGGAAAGAAAGAGUUGCAGCUGAGAGAGAGAGAGAGAGAGAGAGAGAGAGAGCAGUAAUCAUGAACUUGUUCAGAUUGUUAGGGGACAUGACCCACCUCCUCAGCAUUGUGGUCCUGCUCCUUAAGAUCCGCACCAUGAAAUCUUGUGCUGGAAUUUCGCUUAAGACUCAAGAACUGUAUGUCAUAGUCUUUCUUACUCGAUACCUAGACUUGUUCAUAAAGUACUACUCUGUCUAUAACACGGCUAUGAAGCUAGUCUUUCUUGGAACUUCGAUUGGUAUUGUCUGGUAUAUGAGGUACCACAAAGUAGUGAAGCAAACAUACAACAAGGAGGAAGAUACCUUUAGGCAUUACUUUCUUAUACUGCUAUCCGUUCUACUGGCUCUUUUGAUCCACCGUGCUUUUAAUGUAAUUGAGGUUCUGUGGACAUUUUCACUAUACCUUGAAGCAGUAGCAAUCUUACCGCAAUUGGUAUUACUACAAAAGUCGAGGAACAUUGACACCUUAACUGGAGACUAUGUAUUUCUUCUUGGUGCUUAUCGGGCUUUGUAUAUCCUCAAUUGGGUUUACCGUUUCUUUAUGGAGAAUCACCAAUUUCGCUGGAUACCUUGGAUAUCGGGCUUGGUUCAGACGGCUCUUUAUGCUGACUUUUUCUACUACUAUAUCAAGAGCUGGAAGAACCGUGAGAAGCUAAAGCUUCCUGCUUGAAGUUGAUCUUUCAUGGCCUCUUGAGUUAGAAUUUCGCAGACAGAAGAAUAAGGUUACCUCAGGUUGUUAGAUACAGACUUUUCAUUUCUUCUUUCUUUCUUUUAUAGACAGCUUUAUAUUUGUUACUAAAAUGUUCAUGCGCUGAACUAGGAGCAAAAUCGCCAAAAAAGAAAA